ACCGAUGACGGCACGGGCUUCAUGGUUCAAAUAUAAUUCACAUCACAUCCGCCUGACAGCAUUUACACAAGUCAACAUAUAGACUGGACUCUACAGAACUAACUAAAAUUGUGUCUAUAUGGCGCUUCCCAACAUCAGCGCAUUGGAGGACUGCGCCGACUUCUCCAAAGCCGUGCAGCCCUUCAUCCCCCAGCUCUACGCUCUGCCCGCCAAGUUCCUCGACGUCAUAUGGAGUCGUGAAGGCUUGUUGAAUCUCUACCGUGAAACAAACCCCCUCAUAUCUGGGUUCGCCGUCUCGCUGGUCCUUGGUGCCGUGUUCCUUGUCGUCGCCGAAAUCAACCGCAACUAUUCGCAAGUUGACCGUUGCUGGAGCCUGCUGCCGACACUGUACAUCGCUCAUUUUGAUGCGUGGGCGCGCCUGACCGGUGUACCUGCCCAGCGCAUCGACUUAGCCUUACUCUUCAGCACCAUUUGGAGCAUACGCCUUACUUUCAACUACUGGAGGAAAGGGGGCUACAACGUGGGCCAUGAAGAUUAUAGAUGGGAGAUUGUCCGCGGUUACGUACCUAAAGCCGUGUUCCACGUCUUCAACUGGACCUUCAUCUCGUUCAUCCAGAGCGUUUUGCUUCUUUUGAUCGCUGCCCCAGUCUAUACCAUUCUCCUCGCGUCCCGGAUUGAUCCCCAUGUCAGCAAUGCUGAUAUUGCCUACUUGGUGAUCGAGCUUCUGCUCGUCCUCGUCGAGUAUAUCUCUGACCAGCAGCAGUGGGUCUACCAGGCCGCGAAGAAGCAGUACCUGAGCUCAGGAAAGGUGUCUGGUGGCUUCCAGAAGGCCGAUCUGGAUCGAGGAUUCAUCACAUCCGGAUUGUGGGGAUACAGCAGACACCCCAAUUUCGCCGCUGAACAGUCCAUUUGGUUCAUCCUUUAUCAGUGGAGUUGCUUCACGAGCAAGACGCUGUACAACUGGGCCGCUGUUGGGCCGUCGUUCCUUAUCCUGCUCUUCCAAGGCUCAACUUGGCUGACGGAGCUUAUCACCGCUGGCAAGUAUUCCGAAUACCCCGAGUAUCAACGGAAUGUGGGCAUGUUUGUUCCGAAACGUCUCGCUCCAUACAAGACGCCGGUCGUGAUGCCUAGAAUUAUCCGGACUAGCGACCUUGCCAAAAAGCUCAAGGAGAAACAGAAGUAAUGUACAGAGGAGAAGUGUACAUACAUGCCGCAAGACCAGAACUAUCCACCCCAGUCUCCAACCAUGAGGACGGGGCAGUCCUCCUGGGUCUGGCUGCAAUGCAGCUGUUAUGCAUCUUCGCUCGUGGCUGAAAGAAAGACGGGGAGGAUAUGGGACAACUGCCACUUCGCAUAGCCACAUCCAUUCAGACUCCCGAUACGGGGUAGAUCUCCUACCUUGGCGCAAUCGUGGUAACUUCAGUUGGGUCAUGACCCACUUUUGGCCGUGUGUCUAGAGGUGUUGUGUAUCGCUAAUGUUAUUGGGGGAGGAAUACGAAGUAGUGUGUAUGUAUAUGUUCGGUGUAUUAUAAUCAGGAAAAGGGGGUUCUCAUUGCCAUAGUUAUUGCCCAAGUACAGUAUGUACAUAUUGGGAAUGGGGGUACCAAAAGCAAAAGCACUUCUAAUACUUGCACACAUGACGAGCAUCUUCUGCUGCGGCUUUUAUUCAC